AAUUCAAACUUGACACAGAAAAUAUGGGAAAGCCACUCUUGGUUUUAAUUCCAAUUACAACUCAAAAAUACACGCAAUGCUACCUGUGAACAAAAAAGGAUCUAGAGAACAUAUUGAAGAGUGACGAGAAUACAAUGUUGUAUGUAAGACUGUGGUUAGUGUCAUAGAUGAACCACAUCUGUUAGUGUUCAUGGUUCGCGUCCUUAGUGGUAGAUAACCUAACUAUUGCAUGUUAUUUUGGAAAGAAUACAAACAGUGUGUACAUUACUAAAUACAAUUUGAAUUUAGUUAUUGAACGCUAAGUAUGUCGAAGAAAAUAAGAAGAUUUGUGCAUUUAGAUUUAAAAGGAGCUCCUCCAAAGCCAUCAUUCUUAGAAACAUUUUUUCCUUUAUUGACAACUCUUGGAGUCGAAGGGUUGUUAGUAGAAUGGGAAGAUAGUUUUCCCUACACUGGAGACAUUCAGGACAUAGGAAGCCUUGGGUCAAGUAGUGCUAGUGGUGGUCAUUAUAUUCCAAAAGAGGCAUCAGAAAUUAUGAAAUUAGCCAAAGUACAUUCUCUGAUGACAAUACCCUUGAUUCAAACCUUUGGGCACAUGGAAUUUGUAUUAAAACACAGUAAGUUCAAACAUUUACGAGAAUACAAUAUAUCUCCAAGCUGUAUAUGCCCUAGUCAAGAGGAUAGCUUGAACUUAAUAAAAGAAAUGAUUGAUCAAAUGCUAGCGUUUCAUACAGAUAGUGAAUAUAUCCAUAUAGGUGCUGAUGAAGUAUGGCAUUUAGGUCAGUGUGAAAAAUGUACUGCUAAAAUGGAAAUAUUGAAGUACAAACAACAUUCUUUAUGGUUAGAUCAUGUAGUUGCUGUGGCACAAUAUGUGAGAAUUAGAUAUCCUAAUACUAAAGUUAUGUUAUGGGAUGAUAUGUUUAGGAACAUUGACGAAGCUAUUCUAAAAGAGUACAACAUAGGAGAAUUAGUUGAACCAAUGGUUUGGUACUAUCAUACUUUAGACGAUUUUUUCUCUCCUAACUUAUGGAACAAAUAUUGUAAUGUAUUUCCUCAUCUAUGGGGAGCUACUGCCUUUAAAGGAGCCACAGGUAGUCGACAGAUUAUGCCUGUACCUUAUCAUCAUAUUCAAAAUCAUGAAUGUUGGAUACGAGGUUUGGCUUUGUACAAUGAUCAAAUUAAAAACUUCCAUGGUUUGGUACUGACAGGGUGGUCUAGGUACGAUCAUUAUGCAACUUUGUGUGAAUUGUUGCCUUCUGGAAUACCAUCCUUAUGUAAUUGUUUAUUAACUUUGGAAAACGGAAAAUAUUCACCAGAAAUUAUCCAGUCAGAAAUGACCUCACUAGGUUUCAUUCUUCCAAACAUACAUAUGGAUGAUACUACAAUUGUUCCUCAAUUUCCUGGUAGUCAGCUUUACAUCAAUAUGGACUGGUUGAAUCAUUUCAUCAGGAAAUAUAAAAUAGAAAUUGAUAGUGAAAGAUUCAACACAUGGUUCAAUCAUUGGCAAAGAAAUACCAAAUAUACAACCCCUUAUCACGUCAAUUCAAUGAAAAGUACAAUAAAUUCGCUCUUAAGUGAAAUUGAGAAAUUAGAAGAUUUUAUAACUUCAUCUAUACAUGAUAUUUAUUAUGAACACACAGUUGAAGAAUUGUAUGGUACUUUGAUUCAUCCAAUUAAAGAAAACCUCUACAAGUUGAAUCAAUAUUGCCUUUUGCAAAAUGAAGAAUGUCCCACAAAACCUAAGCCAAUUGAUUAAAACAAGACUACACACCUGUCGUAAACGUACCUGAGUAAUUCUGAAUGCAUGGUUUAUACUUCAACUUUAUCUUAGCGCAUAAUUAGUUAUGGAAUGUAUUUUAUAUUUUUCUACAAAAAUCUGUCGAGGUUAUAAAAAGCCAAAGAUUAAAUGAUAUGGAGACUCUAGAGUAAA